AACAUGUGAAAAAGGAAAACAUUAAAUUAGUUACUAAAGAUAUGAAAAAGGAAAAGAUAGUAUUCACACCCUAUAUAUAAUAUGGCCGGCCCCCACAAACAUUGAUAUAGAUCGAGUAUUACAUUACACUAAGAGAGAAACAAACAAUGGCCAUGGGAGUUGCUGCUCACUUCAAUCGUUUCUGGUUCCUUCUCUUCGUCCUCUAUUUCUCCAUCUCCCUCUCCUCCAUUUCUGGAUCUGAAGAGGAUUGUGUUUACAGUGCAUAUAUCCGAACUGGAUCAAUCAUCAAAGGUGGAACCGAUUCGAUCAUCAGUUUAACUCUCUUUGAUGAAAACGGGUACGGUAUUCGAAUAAAAAACCUGGAAGCUUGGGGUGGGCUUAUGGGCCCGGGUCACAACUAUUUUGAGAGAGGAAGUUUGGAUAUCUUCAGUGGUCGAGGUCCAUGCUUGACGGCGCCGAUCUGUAAAAUGAAUUUGACUUCCGAUGGAACAGGUUCAGGUCAUGGAUGGUACUGUAACUACGUUGAGGUCACCGUUACCGGAGUCCAUAAACAAUGCAACCAACAGUAUUUCGAAGUGGAGCAGUGGCUGGCGACCGAUGCGUCGCCUUAUCAGCUGACUGCCAUUAGAGAUCUAUGCAAGAAGAAGACGAAGAUUGAUGAGCGUCGGCCGGUUAGCGAAAUUGAAUCUACUCCACAAGUUUCUCUCAUUUAAGUCAACCGCUUUAUUGGCCCCCAACACUUUCCUAUUUUAUCCUUGUGAGUGUGAAGUUUAUCAGGGACAAGAAUGGUAUUUGACCAAAUGCCAUUGUUGCACUCUGAUUAUUGUAUGGUGGAAUAAUAAAUUUGACUUUUUUCUGCUUUUACAUUUCUAUAA